UGCAGCAACAUGAAAGGUAUUCACUUCUUGAAGAGACGAAAGCUCGGUUGAGUUAUUAGGACCUAUUAGAAAAACACUAAUAUUAUCACUACUGUUACAAUCAGAAUUACUUGAGAGACAAUGAGAUCCUCUACAGUAUUUCUUUUUCACAUGCUUUUUGCCCUCUACUUAAAUGGACAAAUCUCUGGAUAUUCAGUUGAUAUUCCGGAAGCACGUCAAAACGUUCAAGAACUGAGAGAUUACUACAAGAGCCUACAUCUUGAUGAUAAAUCGGAUGGUUCAAUCUUCACAUCAUUAUUAGAAUCAUGGAAAGGGGAAGAGGAGAAAAAGCUACUACUGAGCCAGGUUGUGCCAAUGUACUUGAAGAUGUUCGACUCUAUUGAAAUACCCAAACUGCAAAAAAGCAUCAAAAACCUAAAACAUAUGCUUAGUGUACCGAAUGAAGAGGUCUUGAAGCAAAGCAGAGAGAAGCUGAAGCUACUAAUGGAAUUAAGUGACGUUAAGAUAACAGAUACCAAGAUCCAGCAAAGAGCAAUCAGAGAACUUUUCCCCGUUCUGCAAGCAAUCUCACGUCUGGGGAAAAAUAACCAUUAUGAAGAAACAAGAAAACGAAGACAACAAUUAGCAAGGAGGCGGAGAGGAAGUCAAAGCUAA